CAUCUGCUAUGACGUUCUGAUGAUAAAGACUGUGUUUCCCAUUUUUUCCCAUCUGUCUCUAAAUAAAGCCACUGAGCCCCCAGAUUUUCACCAUGUUGGUACAUCCCCUCCUUCCACAGGUGAUGGCUGUGCCGCCCGGCCCUCUGCAGCUGCUGGGAGUGCUGCUUACCAUUUCCCUAAGCUCCGUCAGGCUCAUUCAGGCUGGUGCCUACUAUGGGAUCAAGCCGCUGCCACCUCAAAUUCCUCCUCAGAUGCCGCCGCAAAUUCCACAGUACCAGCCCCUGGGGCAGCAAGUACCUCACAUGCCUUUGGGCAAAGAUGGCCUUGCCAUGGGCAAGGAGCUGCCCCACUUGCAGUAUGGCAAGGAGUAUCCACACCUACCCCAGUACAUGAAGGAAAUUCAACCUGCGCCAAGAAUGGGCAAGGAAGCGGUCCCCAAGAAAGGCAAAGUAGAAAUACCCUUAGCCAGUUUACGAGGAGAACAAGGUCCCCGUGGAGAGCCUGGCCCAAGAGGACCACCUGGGCCCCCUGGUUUGCCAGGGCAUGGGAUACCUGGAAUCAAAGGCAAACCAGGGCCACAGGGAUAUCCAGGAGUUGGAAAGCCAGGUAUGCCUGGAAUGCCAGGGAAGCCAGGAGCCAUGGGAAUGCCAGGGGCAAAAGGCGAAAUUGGACCCAAAGGAGAAGUCGGGCCUAUGGGGAUCCCAGGACCACAAGGACCUCCAGGGCCUCAUGGACUCCCUGGCAUUGGAAAGCCAGGUGGGCCAGGGUUACCAGGGCAACCAGGAGCAAAGGGUGAACGAGGACCCAAAGGACCACCAGGACCUCCAGGCCUUCAGGGUCCUAAAGGAGAGAAGGGCUUCGGGAUGCCAGGCUUGCCAGGCCUGAAAGGUCCUCCAGGGAUGCACGGCCCUCCUGGCCCUGUUGGACUGCCAGGAGUGGGCAAACCAGGAGUGACAGGCUUCCCUGGGCCUCAGGGCCCCCUGGGAAAGCCAGGGCCUCCAGGAGAACAGGGCCCACAAGGCCCUAUUGGUGUACCAGGUGUUCAAGGACCUCCUGGGAUGCCUGGAGUUGGAAAACCAGGCCAGGACGGAAUCCCUGGCCAGCCAGGAUUUCCAGGUGGCAAAGGAGAGCAAGGAUUGCCAGGACUGCCAGGACCUCCAGGGGUCCCAGGGGUUGGGAAGCCAGGCUUCCCAGGACCCAAAGGUGACCGGGGCGUGGGGGGUCCUCCUGGAGCUCUUGGACCCAGAGGGGAAAAAGGACCAGUAGGUGCCCCUGGAAUGGGAGGUCCCCCAGGAGAGCCGGGUCUGCCUGGAAUCCCAGGUCCCAUGGGCCCUCCAGGUGCUAUUGGUUUUCCUGGACCCAAGGGAGAAGGUGGGAUUGUAGGGCCACAGGGGCCACCAGGUCCCAAAGGUGAGCCAGGGCUUCAAGGCUUCCCAGGAAAGCCAGGUUUCCUUGGGGAAGUAGGACCUCCUGGCAUGAGAGGUUUGCCAGGUCCUAUCGGGCCCAAGGGGGAAGGUGGGCAGAAAGGUUUGCCAGGGCUCCCUGGUGUUCCAGGGCUUCUUGGACCUAAGGGAGAACCAGGAAUCCCAGGGGAUCAGGGUUUACAGGGCCCCCCAGGAAUCCCAGGGAUUGCAGGCCCGAGUGGUCCCAUUGGACCACCUGGGAUUCCAGGCCCCAAAGGGGAACCAGGCCUUCCAGGGCCCCCUGGGUUCCCUGGCGUAGGGAAGCCUGGAGUGGCGGGACUUCAUGGCCCACCAGGAAAGCCUGGUGCCCUUGGUCCUCAAGGCCAGCCUGGCCUUCCAGGGCCUCCAGGUCCUCCAGGUCCCCCAGGCCCCCCAGCUGUGAUGCCCCCUACACCACCACCCCAUGGAGAGUAUUUGCCGGACAUGGGGCCGGGAAUUGAUGGCGUGAAACCCCCCCAUGCCUACGGGGCUAAGAAAGGCAAGAACGGAGGGCCAGCCUACGAGAUGCCUGCAUUUACCGCUGAGCUCACCGCACCUUUCCCACCAGUGGGAGCCCCAGUGAAGUUUGACAAACUGCUCUAUAACGGCAGACAGAACUACAACCCGCAGACGGGCAUCUUCACCUGUGAGGUCCCCGGUGUCUACUACUUCGCAUACCACGUUCACUGCAAGGGGGGCAAUGUGUGGGUUGCUCUGUUCAAGAACAACGAGCCCAUGAUGUACACGUACGACGAGUAUAAAAAGGGCUUCCUGGACCAGGCGUCGGGGAGUGCAGUGCUGCUGCUCAGGCCGGGAGACAGGGUGUUCCUCCAGAUGCCCUCAGAACAGGCCGCGGGACUGUACGCCGGGCAGUACGUCCACUCCUCCUUUUCAGGGUAUUUAUUGUAUCCCAUGUAGAAGAAAGAAAAGAGAGAUUUAAUAGAAGAAAAGAAAAUGAUGCGCCAAAAAUCCCAAAUGGAAAACAUACUUGCUUCAAAACACUUAUAUAGUUGGAAAGUUAUAUUUAAGUGAAAAUUUGGACCAUCGUGUACAAAUAAAAACUAAGAUGCAUGUUUAAUAGUCUCUGCACCGCAGCUUGUAAUGGAAAAACGAUGGGAUAGAUUUAUGUAUCAAGUACUGACACUUGUGUUGUACCCACUGGAAUCAUAUUUGCUGUUGUAUGUUAUAUGCUUCCACAAUAACCUGCUUAUUCAGAUCAGUCAAAAUAUUUCAGUAUGAAAGAUCAUAGCUAAUGGAAGUCACUCAUAUUGUUUACUUUAAAAUAAUUAUAAAGAUGCCUUAAAGAAAUGUCGAUGAUAACAAUUACAUACCAUAUUUACUUGCAUCACUUCCUCUGUAUUCAUGCAGAUACUUCGCCGUGGAACACGGUGGGAACGGGUCUGUAGCGUCACAGCCUCAGUGGGAGGGGCCAUGGGAACCAAGGUAAUACACUAGUGGCAGGGUGAUUUCAUUUGUGUCAGAGGCUGUGUCUUUUAGCAACUGGAGUCCUAGUCAGAGUUGUGUGUCUGAUGUCUUUGAAAAACAGGUGAAUGAAUAGACUAUACUAUAUUUUUUUCAGCAUCUUCUCUGUACCUAGAACUGAGCGAGACACUUAUGGAGCAUUAAAUAGCACUCCACAAGUGGCUAACAAACCAGCUGGGAGACAUGAGCAGCAAUUCACUCAUUUAUUCCUCAAGAGUUUCUAUUUGAUUUUUUUUCCCCCCUGGGGCUUAUUUUUGUCUUCCCUCCGUGCAAUUUUCACUAUGUUCCAACUAAUACACACACCUGGAAGUUACAUGAAAAAGAAAACUCUUCCUCCAAUAACUUUCCAGUUUUAUGGAAUAUUUACUUUUAAUAGAAGUUUAUCAAUUGUGUUGACAUCUAUUAAAAAUUCCCCUCCCUGGCCUACACACAACCACACUGAGGGUUCAACCAUGGAGAUACCAGGAUGUUUAGUAGCUGUAAAUUGUGAAGAUGCUUCCCUUGGUAGUAUAGUAUAUAUGCAAAUUGAUGUGUCAUCUGAGGUUCCAAACACAAUUUACAAAAUCCAAGCCAUCCUUUAUUUGGAGGAAGGGAUCAGGAAGUUUCAGAAUUACAUAGGAAAAUUACUUUUUAAUUCAAAAAAAUCUUUGAAGUUUUAAAUUUAAAAAUAGGCUGCUUCCAGGUAUAAUUACUAAAAGUGUAGGAAAAGAACUGUUUCUUUAGAAGCAACCUAUGUGAAAAUUAUCUAAAAUGUCAAAGGGCAAACACAGCCCAUGUUUUCAACGCCACAAGUGAAGGACCAACAAAGGAAAGUCAGAAAUUUAUUUUCCCAGACUUUCACUGAAGCACAUACUAACUGCUUUAGGAAUUCUACUAACCAUUUCAAGCCUGCUAUUAGCCUGCUGCUGACACAAUUAGCCACUUGAAGCAAUAAUGUAGGGCUAGGGUGGCAAAAUCUUGUAUCUUUUUUUAAAAUUACAAGACCGAAAGCUGAGGGGGUAGAAAUAGAUGAAAAGUACAUAAAUCAACAUGUGUAUAAAAAUACAUGGAAAUGUCUUUGUCACAUCUGAAUCAUUUUAUCAUCACAAAAAAUUUUCUCCAGGCCUAAUAUCUCAUUUCCCUAUGUGGUAUACAGGUAUCAUUUUUUUUCUCAGUUUUUAAGAUGAGAAAUUCAUUCCCACAGUGUUUCUUACUCAUUGAUAAUUAUUUAAGACAUUUUUCCCAUCAGAAAGAAGUCCCACCCAACCUUUGUUUUCAAAGCAGACAGUAUGUGUCCAAAUAUUCUCUGGGUUGGUCCUGAGCGCGCUGGGUUUUGGCUGAUGCCUGAGGAGCAACAUGCACCUGCUGGGCUCCUUCUGCUAAAUAGCUGCAUGAAAAUGGCUUGAAAGAAAGUCCAAUCAGGAGAUUUGUAAAAUUGUAUUUAUCUGUACAUGUAUGGGCUUUUAAUUCCCACCAAGCAAAAGAGAAAUUAUCUCUUUAGUUUAAACCAAAUUUCACUUUUCAAAAUAUUUUCCAACUUAUUUAUUGGUUGUUACUCGAUUGCCUAUAUAUAUAUGUGUGUGUGUGUAUGUGUAUUAUCGGGCAUAGGUUUCUAACUUUUGGAUGGAAGAGGAGCAAAAUCUAUGCCAAAUACUGUGUAUUCUACAAUGGUGCUAAUCUCAGACCUAAGUGAUACUCCAUUUAAUUUAAAAAAGAGUUUUAAAUAAAUAUAUAUCCUGUUUCCCGUUUAAGUGUUGCAUAUUAUGUUAACACAUUAGUGUAAAAGCAGAUGAAACAACCACAGGUUCUAAAGUCUAGGGAUAGUGUUAUAAUCCCUAUUUAAUUCAAAAUUAACUAAAACUUCUCCAUGUGAAAUGGACCAAACUGGCAUUGUUGUUAUUUAAAUAUAGAGUUUUAAUGCAGUAUGACAUCCCGUAGGGUAAAAGACUGUCUAUAGAAGGUGAAUGUUCUGAAAUAUUUUACAGAAUACAAUGAAUGGUGAACAGACUGGUAACUUGUUUGAGUUUCCAUGAUAAAUUUGAGACUUGUCGAUAGCAAAUCAUUUUUGUAUUUAAAUUUUUGUAUUGAUUUGAAAAAGAGUCAUUAAAUAUCUUUAAAAGU